AUGUCUUUUAGAAAGAUUGACAUCGACGCUUAUGACGAGGAUGUCCUACUGGAGGGCGAGCUUUGCGAGCCAGAUCCACGCGAUCCCGCUCAAGUCUUGAGUGAUGCGAAACAGAAACAGGCAGCAGUCCGGAGCACGUUAGCGAGGGGGGACAUACCAGGGGCGCUGGGAAUCGCGCUGGACAGUAUACCUUAUGGGCCAAACGUCGAGGAAGCUAAGAACCUGACGUUGCAGACCGUUGUCUCGAUACUGAAUAGCACGAAAUCAUCGGAUAUAAUCAGCGUCGUGAAAGCGCUCUCCCAGGAUACUCAAGACACGUUGAUGAAGUACCUUUACAAGGGUAUGGGGAUGCCGGGCUGGGGUGAUGUGAGCGGCAGCGUGCUCUUGGGGUGGCAUGAGAAGCUGACCGAAGUCGCUGGCACUGGCUGUAUCGUACGAGUAAUGACUGACAGAAGAAUCGUAUAA